AUGGCCUCAUUUUACAGGGGAAUAUUCAUCUCUUGUGUUCAGAGCACUCUUGGGGAUUUUCCGAGCGAGCAGCGGGGAAGGAGCUGGUCCAAAGCGAUACCGUGCUUGCCCGGUCACUGUGGCCGACUGGGGCCUCAAAGAACCACUCUGGUACCAGCGACCAUUGCCCUUUUGGAGUCUCCACACGCCCCCUUGUGGUCACUGCGCGCCCCUGCAGCUUCUGUCGCUCGGGUCACAGUCCCCGUUAUCCCGGCCACACCCGGGGGUGCCGGAGACAGAUGUGGCCCGGCGGGAGGCCCGGUCAGCCUUCCUCCCAGAGGCAGGUCUGGGCUGACUGAAGCACCAUCCGGUCGACCGGGUGCGUCCGGGGCUCCAGACACAGGUGGAGGCGGCGGCAGCGCGGGACAGUCGCGAACGACCUCUGCCCCUCCCCUCCAGAACCGAAAUCCGGGACGGCCGGCGCCCGCGGGGCCUAAGAAGUGCCUGACGCCUGGCGGUCGCUCCCCAGUUUCCCGGGAGGAUCGGAGGGAGGCCACGCAGAAGAUGCCCCUGCCUUCCAAAGAACCCAGCCACACAUCCAAGGGCUGGCCCACGUGGGGGCACCUGGCUCUUCUCCGGCAGCUAAGCUCAAAGUCAUCCUGUCUGAUCCACAGGGCCUCACCCGAAUAGGCUUCUGGGGGACCCAGCCCACCCAUUCUCCAGUCCAAACACAUCUGACCCAUGUGGGGAUCCCUGAUCCACCUAACAAGAGAGGCCAUUAGGAAUGCAGCAGUGACAGCCGCCUUCUCGUCCGCCGCCUGAGGCAGAAGAUCCAGGCUCAAGCACUGGGGAAAGGAUGGCUCUACUCCGAAGAGAACAAUAAAUUGACAUCAGAUCAUUUUCCAACAGCUUUUCCCACUUCUUCACAUUUGCCACAUUGCAUUCUGCAUUCCAAUUCCAAAAGGACAGGAGCAUGAAUAAUAUAAGAGAAAGAAAAAAAAUUAACUGGAAUCAAGAACUUUAUCAUUUUCAAGCAUGAGAUUUAUGGCUGAGCAUCGGGUAUGGCUUUUACCCAAAAUGUUCUCCUCAAGA